AAAAAGAGAGAGAGAGAGAGAGAGAAAGAGUGAAAAAGAAAGAUAUGCAUAUCAUUGGAAACAUGACUGUGAAGGGAUGGAGUGGGGAGCGUGGGGCCGUAUGCUUACGUAUUGUGUCCUUUAUUUAUUCCCCUCCCUAGCCUCACCUCAUCCUCCAUGUCAUAUACCUUGAUGUCGUACAUUACGUACUUUUUCACCUCGCGGUCAUGAGACAGGUUGUAUCGCAGCAGAUUAGAAGAAGAGUCCUAUAUUGUCAAAAACCUGGGAAAUAUACUAAUAAUUCUAAAAAUAAGAUAAAUAAAAAGUUGGAUGACACAAGUAUUAUUUUAAUUAAAUCCAAUUACUUUUAUUAUAAACAUGAGUUCCCAAGAUACAACUGAUCAUGUAUCAGAAGCCAGUCCUUCUGAUAUCACUUCCAAAACAAAAAACUGGGUCCAAUUUGAAGAAGAAGUAGAACCAUGCGAAACAGUGUCUAAAGAUGAAUCAAAAUAUGUAAAUAAAGUGCAAAAAAAUACUCCAGCAGUGAUAAAGCCAGAAUCUGUUACAAUAAAUGUUGAUAAGAUUGGAAAAACGGUUGAAAAUUUAGAAGUGAUAAAUAAAACAAAUAAUGAAUAUAGUGGUGCUGUGAUAGCAACAGAAUCCGUCCAAAUUAAUUUAGAUAGAUCAGGAUUAAGUCGAUCCAUUGUCUCUGAGAGUACAGAUCUUAAUGUUCCGUCCGAUAUUAAAACUACAGAUCCAAAAAGUGCUUCUUUAAAAACAGUGGAUUUGCGAGAUGUAUCUAAUGGCAGGAAUAAUCCUAGUAAUGUUAUAAGUACACCCAUUGGAAACAUUAGACAAGGAUUUGCAAAUGGUGAUACUAUUGUUACACUUUUACCAGUUAAUACCAGAUGGCCUUGGAUAACUCCAGCUAAAUUUAGACCAGAAUUAGUUCCAGAGGAAUUAAUGGCACAAGGAUUAACGCUUACUGUCGAGGACUAUGUGCAUAUAAUGGAAUUGCUUGUAAACGAUGUACGUUUCAAUAUGUAUAAUGUAUGCUAUAAAAGAAUACUUGUCCUUUGGAUAUUUACUGCAUUUGUCGUAUUGCUUGGUUUGCUCUUUUCUGGAGUAACUGGCCUUACAUUGUUUGGGCUUGGCGUCAUGUGGCUAGUCCUGAAUGCAGCUGCAAUCUUUUUUUGCAUGUUUAUUAAAAUAAAAUUGAAUCAUAAUCUGGAAAAGUGUAUGGCACAAGUUAAUAAGCAUUUAUUACGACAUAAGAUAUUACUUGGAUUGGAUGACAGAGGAAAAAUAUCCUGCCAUAAAGUUAAUCUCUGUUUCAUAUAUUUUGAUACUACAGACUGCAUAAAAAAACUCCAAGAGGUGAUAGAACGUGAAGAAUGUGAAGGAAGAACAAUUAGAAGUAACGAAAAUGAUACACAGCGUAAAAGAGAGUUACAGCAACGAAUGGAUAUUGAUGAUAGUGAUAUUGUAAUACAAGGCAGUACAACAACUCGAAUUUCCCGGAAACAGCCAAAUACAAAACAAAAUCAUAAAACCAUAGAACAAUAUCAAACGAAAGAAAGUUUACCAUUAGUUGUACAACAACAAAAAAUAAUACGUGUAAACAAUGCAUUAUUGUCAUUGGCAAAUCAAAUAUUUGGAGAAGAAAAGUGGAGUUAUUCUAUUACUAAUCAAACAUUAGAUUUUGUUGACUCUGCCUGGGAUAUUUAUGUUGUUGGAUGCUGUACAUUAGUAAAAGUACAAUUACAUUCAGGAAUUUUUCGUGAAGAUAUGGGAUAUAGUGUUAAGAAAGGAUCAGUGAAAGGUGAAGCUAUACAUUGUGCUAGACUUGCUUCUUACAAUGAUGCAUUAGUUAAAGUCUUAUGUAGUUUUGGUGGUAAAAUAAAGACAGAAGCUGAGGAACUUGCGAAGGAACUAUCUAAUUCUCUUACUCUUCCUAAAAAGAAGUUGUCUUCUUCAGUAAACCAUGAUAUAAAUGAAACAAAAGAAAAAGAAAAAGAAGAGGCAGUACUUGAAAAUACAAGUAAUGUAUUGUGCCAAGAACCAGAAGUUUCCAAGACAAACGUCAAUAACAUACCUUCAAGUAAUAAUGUAAAUUGUAUGAAAAAUCAGUUAAUUUCAAAACCAAAUAUUUUUACAGAUCAAGAGGAUAUGAACAAUAAAAAAUUAUCUACAGAAGAAAUAAUUCGUCAAGAGAGGAAGAGAAAACAAAUGGAGAAACAAAUGGAAUAUAGAAGACUGAUGAAAGAAAAGGAAUUAAAGAAAAGUAAUAAUUUAUAAAAAGGAUAAUAUUAAAUUUAGAAUACAACUG